UUCUAGUCAUUGUCAUCCUUUCCCUGCAACCACACGACACCGUUUGCCAUGCAUUUCUGUUUCGAAGCCACCAGCCCACCACCUAACGCACAUUGUCCUCUCUUCCUCUCUGAGAGUCAAGCAUUGCAACAGUGAAAAUGGACUCCGGCGGCAGCGUCUUGUUGGCUUCAUCUUCUACUGCUGCGGAGCAAAUCGGUGGUGGUGGAGUAGGAGGUAUGAGGAAAAAUCCCACUAUGAUUUGUGCUCCAAUCAUGGCGGAUUCCGUCGAUAAGAUGAUCGUUUAUUUGGAUAAGGCCAAAGCUACCGGUGCUGAUCUCGCGGAGAUUCGAUUAGAUAGUUUGAAGAGCUUUAAUCCUGAUGAAGACCUUCAAAUCCUUACAACACGCUCUCCUUUGCCCACUCUUUUCACUUACAGACCUAUUUGGGAGGGAGGUCAGUAUGAAGGUGAUGAAACCAGUAGAUUGGAUGCGCUUAGAUUAGCCAUGGAAUUGGGAGCUGAUUAUAUUGAUGUUGAGCUUCAGGUUGCUCGUCAGUUCAAUGAUUCCAUACGCGGAAGAAAGCCUGCUAAGUGCAAAGUCAUUGUUUCUUCUCACAACUAUCAAAGCACUGCCUCCGUUGAGGAGCUGGGGAAUCUUGUGGCAAAAAUACAAGCUGCUGGAGCUGACAUAGUGAAGAUUGCAACAACUGCCUCGGAUAUUGCUGAUGUUGCACGGGUUUUCCAAAUAACUGUCCAUUCUCAAGUUCCAAUAAUUGCAAUGGUUAUGGGUGAAAGGGGUUUGAUUUCACGGGUACUUUGUGCAAAGUUUGGUGGGUACUUAACUUUUGGCACCCUAGAGUCAGGAAUAGUUUCUGCUCCUGGUCAACCAACGAUCAAGGAUCUGCUGGAUCUAUACAAUUUUAGACUAAUUGGACCUGAUACAAAAGUGUAUGGCAUUAUUGGCAAGCCUGUUGGCCAUAGCAAAUCUCCUACUUUAUACAAUGAAGCAUUCAAGUCUGUUGGAUUCAAUGGUGUGUAUAUGCAUUUGUUAGUGGAUGACAUAGCCAACUUUUUUCAGACUUUCUCAUCCACAGAUUUUGCUGGAUUCAGCUGCACAAUUCCUCAUAAGGAAGCUGCCUUGAAGUGUUGUGAUGAGGUUGAUCCAGUUGCGAAGUCAAUAGGAGCCGUUAAUUGCAUUAUAAGAAGACAAAGUGAUGGGAAGUUAUUUGGUUACAAUACAGACUAUGUUGGUGCAAUUUCUGCUAUUGAGGAGGGACUGCAAGGUUCACAAAAUAAAAUUGGCGUAACUGUUUCACCUUUAGCUGGCAAGCUUUUUGUGGUCAUUGGUGCUGGUGGUGCAGGAAAGGCACUUGCAUAUGGUGCAAAGGAAAAAGGCGCAAGGGUUGUGAUUGCCAAUCGCACCUAUGAACGAGCAAAAGAACUUGCAGACAUAGUGGGAGGAGAUGCUAUAUCUCUUGCUGAUUUGGAUAAUUUCCAUCCAGAGGAUGGCAUGAUUCUUGCAAACACUACGUCUAUUGGAAUGCAACCAAAAGUGGACGAGACACCAGUUGCUAAGCCUGCUUUGAGAUACUACUCCCUGGUCUUCGAUGCUGUUUACACCCCUAAAGUUACCAGACUGUUGAGAGAAGCGGAGGAAUCUGGAGCCAUUACAGUUUCAGGGUUGGAGAUGUUUAUUGGGCAGGCAUAUGAACAGUUUGAGAGGUUCACUGGAUUACCUGCACCCAAGGAGCUCUUUCGGAAAAUUAUGUGCAAGUAGUAGUGGUGUCUAAUGGCUAAUCUUAUGAAUGUGGCUGGAUUUUGUUUUCGAUGGUUGAAUUAAAACAUCUCCUCCUCCUCUUCGGAGAUUGUUGACGGAGGAACAAAAGAAAAUGCUUUUGCAGUUUGACAUUAAUUUUCUAAAACUCUUUUUUUUUUUUUUGGCUUCAUUGAAAUAUAAUACAAUUUCUUCCCUCUA